GGCGUGGCGGAAAGAGAGGGAAAGUGCUACGAUAGACAGACGGACGUCACGCUGGUUGCUGGUCGGAGCUGGGCCAAGUUAAACUGUGCAGUUUACGGGCAAGAUGCAUCCCUGUGUUUGGAGCGCUCACUGCCGAAUAAAACGAACCUGGCAUUGCUGACCAUCAUGAUGCCGGUACCGGAAUGGUCUUGCAGCUAAGUUGUGCAGAAGGGGUGCAAAAAUCCACCCCUGAAGAUUGCAACUUCCACUUGGGUGCAUCAGGAUACUCGAAGUUCACACCAUCUCUUCUUACAAACUUAACCUCCAAACACAAGCUAUGGAUGUUGAACCAGAGGCUGAAUCCUGCCCUAGACCAUCUGAGACCUGAGCUGAACCAUGCUGAGUGUGACGUCAGCAAGCCCUGUGGGGCAAGACCCUCCACUGCUGACGAAAAGAACAGCAUGUUCAGGAGUUCGCUGACUGGGAUCUUGAGUUGCGUGUACGCCGUGUUCAUCGUGACCUUGGGCGUGGUCAUCUACAUCAGUGACCUUGUGACCGGGGAGGCACCACUGGCCGAGACAUUCAGCAUCUACCUGGUGGUGACAGGACUUUUGUAUUUCGUGUUCUUGUACGCAGACAUACGUCGCUACCUCAACAGCGUGAAGUUACAUGACAGAGGUCCCUCGCGGAAAGAUGACUACUCCCUAUCAGUCGACACGGACAGAACCCAGCCGCCAUCAGUGGAGUGGACGUCUCUGCCACCACAUUUGGCAGUGCCUCACCACUACUGUUUCAGUAAGGGCAGACAUUCGGGCAGUUUCUACCUCAAGAUCGGGGCAGCAGGUUUCUGUCUCGGCCAUUUGACCCACAGUGGGCUAUUGCUUGCGUACCAAAUUGCGUUUCUGCAAGCCGACCCAGAUGUUUUCUACAAGUGCGCUAGUGUUGCUACCUUGAUCCUGGAUGUCCUCUAUCCAACCUACUCCUUCUGUCAGCUUUUCUUCAUCUUUAAAUACUCCAACGUUAUAAUCAACCACAACCAAGAACUAGCCAGGUUUGCGAUGAUGCACUGCAUUGCAGCAUCUUUGUGCUUCUGGGUCUGGACAAUUCUGAGAGAGACUAUAGACUCUCUCCACCAUGCCGACCCUGACCUGAGGGGCUGGGAGCACAUCUCGCCUUACGCUCUGCCUUUCACAACCUAUCACAUACAGACAUCAGACUUCAUGUCAGUCCUGAACGUAACUUCGAUCAACGGCCUAAGUUGUCGGGGGCCCACCCAGCUGUCUGAGGUUUUCGAGAGCUUUUCUCCUUACCUCUACCCUUUCACCAUCGAGUACAGCAUUCUUGUCGUAGGUGUACUCUACAUCAUAUGGCAGAAUAUCGGUCGUUGCACCAUGGCGGUGUCGUCAGGGGAGUGUAGACCGCCACCGUUCUCCAGGGGGAGUGGGUUCGUCAGCAAUGUAGUCGUGUAUGCUGACUGUCAUUCCUCCAACAAGGGGCUGUUUGCCGGCCUCAUCGUCUUAGCCGGGGCAUUUCUCAGUAUCAUACUGUUCUUCGUAGCUAUGGCGGACAGACGGUAUAUAGAUGUCGGCCUGCAAGUUAAUGCCGCCACCGAGCUGACUCUGCUGGUGUUGUUGACGGGCGCCGUGACACUAGCCUACCGCCAGAUUACGCGCCUUGACGUCAAUCCCCGACCCGUCUCGCAGCUGGACGAUCUCCUCCUAUUUGUCUGCAUCCCGGCGUUCUUCUUGCAGGCAGUGUUGGGCAUCACUCCUGCCGUGCGUAACCAGAAGUAUCUGGCUAUCGUUACCAUCUUGCUGCAGGUAGUCCAAGUGCUCCUGCAGACCCCUUUCAUAAUCGACGGUCUGCGGAGAUGCAGCAAUUCUAGAUCGCUCAGACUCAACAAACCAGGGAGAGAGUUGGUCACCUUCCUUAUCGUCUGUAAUGUGGCCAUGUGGAUCACCGAGACCUUCGAGAUCAAGUCUCAGUCCAUCAGUCGAGACUACAGGUCUCAGUUCUACGGCAGGGUGUUGUGGACGAUGUUGAGCCACCUGACUCUUCCGCUCACCAUGUUCUACAGAUUCCACUCGUCCGUCUGUCUCGUCGACAUUUGGAAAUCUGCUUACGAGAAGGGUCACUGAUGUUCUUAAUUAUUCUGCAAGAUAUAUCUUUCCUCGGAAAUUUGCUCACUAGAAAAAUGUAGUCAGGAUACUGCACAGUAGUCUGGAAUUAAGGACUAGUAUAGUUUUACUGAGUUGUUUUGUUAGUGGUUUAAUGGCAAAAAUAAAUCUGGUAUAGAGAUAGUUCGGGCAGAUUCUUACGUCUUUUCGUUUUUUUAUCAAUACUUAUCUCAUACUGUACCAAAUUUCUUUUUUUAUAAUUCUCCAUUUUUUGAGUCAAAAAUAAAGGAUGAUUCGGGAUGUUAAAAAACUAACAGAUUUUUCAAAUAUUGAAAAUUACAUCGAAACAGUACUGACAGGUUUUCAUUACUCAAACAAAAAUUAAAGGUAUUACAUUGUAUGAAGAAUUUUCACGACGUAAGCAAAAUACCUUAAUUUAUACUAAAUGUAAUCUGGAAGCUACUCUGCUCUGAAAAGUAUGUUAGAUAGAACCAAUACAAUUACUAUCAUUCGUGUUCAUUAUGAACGAUACAUGUACAUUUAACCCUUUAUCUGUUGUUAUUUCAUAAUUAAAUAAUUUUACUCUAAGUUGUUGUUUUGAAUCGAGUAAUUUGUACAGUAAUAUGUACAGCUCAUGAUUUUGUUAUUUAUUUAUUUAUAUUCACCUAAUAUGAUGACUGAUUUGAAAACAUUGUUAUAUAUUACUUAGUGUUUGUUCUUGUAGAUUAUAUGUACAUUAGUACAGGUGUUUGGAUAAUUAAAGUGUUAUUUCAAGUUUA